CCUGGCGCUGCCCCUUCUCUCUCUUAUCAUUUUUUCGGAGAAAAAUAUUUAUAUAAUUACUUUGUCUCAAAUCAGCUUUCGAAUUUUCAAACUCUCCCCGUGUACUCUCUACUUUCUCUCUCUACUGAAUCAACUUCAUGCCGCUUCGAUUCUCCCUCGACGGCUAGAGAUUUCCAUAAAUCUCCGUAAAAUUUCUUCUUUUCAUUAAUUUUUUUCAUUUUUCUGGGUCAAGGGGAAGUUCGCCACCGGCUUUUCUGUGAGAAGUUUGCUCGAUCACUCUGACUCCGACUUUAUUACCUGAUGAUUGUUUCAUCUUCUUUGGGUUGAAAGCUUCAAAGGGUUCUUGACCUGUUUUGGAUUUCUAGGGUUUAUGGUGCUUUCAUGCGCGGGGGACUUUGAUUAGGGUUUUCAAGUGAGCUGGUCUUUUCUGCUUCUGCAGCCUUUUUGCUUUCUUCCACAUUGCAACUUGUGUAGAAUCUCAAAAUUUUGAUAAUUCAAUGUUUGAGUGAUGUUGAACUGGGAGCUGAACUUGCAGGUGCGAUCGAUAUCUGGGUCCCCAUCCGAGAAUAGCUGACACCGAUUAAUAGGUGCAUUUUCAAAAAAAUAAUAAAUAAAGAAAGCAGUAUGAACACAAACAAUCGCCAAAAUGCUACAGAUUCUCCUAGAGCAGAGGUUGGAGAGAUAGACACCAGGGCUCCAUUUCAGUCUGUCAAAGAUGCUGUAAACCUAUUUGGUGAGGGUGCUUUCUCAGGGGAAAAGCCUGCCCUUAAGAAAGCAAAACCUCAUUCUGCAGAGAGGGUAUUGGCCAAGGAGACACAGCUUCACCUGGCUCAGAAAGAACUAAACAAGUUGAAAGAACAAGUAAAUAAUGCUGAAACUACUAAAGCCCAAGCAGUUGCAGAACUUGCCAUGGCAAAAAAAGCAGUCGACGAUCUGAGCCACAGGUUUAAAACUGUUAGUGAAUCAAAAGAAUCAGCAAUUAAGGAGACAGAAACUGCUAAGACUAAGGCAAAGAAAUUUGGAGAAGCAACUAGUGGCAAUCAUGCAGAAUCUAAUGGUGCUCAGAAACAGGAUUUGGAGACUGAAAGAGCACAGUACAUGACUUUGAUUGCUGAACUGAAUGCUGCAAAGCAAGAACUGAGAAAAAUCCGUCAGGACUGUGAUGCAUCCUUGGAGGCAAAACUGUCUGCAUUUAAGCAAGCAGCAGAUGCAGACCUUGCAGCCAAAGCUAACAUGGAGAGAGCUAGUGAGCUCUCAGGGGAAAUUUCAGCUGUACAGGAAUCAAUUGGGCAGGUGAAGCUUGCAUAUUUGCAAGCGCAGCAAGAGCAAGCGAAGAUAUAUGCUGAAAAAGAUGUUCAGCGGCAAUCAUAUAAAGCUACCUUGGAACAGUCGGCCAAGAAAUUGCUCACUUUGAAGAAAGAGUUUGAUCCUGAACUUGCAAGAAAUCUUGAGGCCCAGCUUGCUGAAACAACGACUGAAAUUGGGGCUCUUCAAAAGGAGAUGGAAAAUGCAAGGACUUCGGAUCUAGAUUCUGUUAGAAUGGUCACUAUGGAGCUGGAUGAUGCUAAGGAGUCACUGCACAAGGUAGCAGAAGAAGAAAGCUCCCUUCGAAGCAUGGUUGAUUUGCUUAAGCUGGAGCUCGAGAAUGUAAAGAAAGAGCAUUCUGAACUGAAGGAAAAGGAAGCAGAAACAGAAUCUGUUGCUGGGAAUUUGCAUGUCAAGCUCCGUAAAAGUAGGUCUGAGCUUGAGGCGUGUGUCUUUGAAGAAUCCAAAGCAAGAGGUGCUUCUGAUGAACUGAUCUCAACACUGGACCAGCUAUCUUCAGAAACUGAAAAUGCAAGACAAGAAGCUGAAGAGAUGCAUGAAAAGGCUGAAGAGUUGAAAAAGGAAGCUGAGGCCACCAGAAUUGCGUUAGAAGAAGCUGAGAAGAAGCUCAGAGUUGCACUGGAAGAAGCUGAAGAGGCUAAAGCAGCAGAGAUAAGGUCGCUUGAUCAGAUUAAGAUCCUCUCUGAAAGAACUAAUGCUGCUCGUGCCUCAACUUCUGAGUCUGGCGCUAAGAUCACAGUGUCGAGGGAAGAAUUUGAUUCUUUGAGCCGGAAAGUCGAGGAAUCAGACUUACUAGCAGAAAUGAAAGUAGCUGCUGCAAUAGCUCAAGUGGAAGCUGUAAAGGCUAGUGAGAAUGAGGCCCUGAAGAGGUUGGAGGUAACUAAAAAGGAGAUUGCCGAUACAAAGGCUGCAACGGAAGAGGCUUCGAAGAGGGCAGAGAUGGCUGAGGCAGCAAAGAGGGCAGUGGAAGGGGAACUCAGGAGGUGGCGUGAACGGGAGCAGAAGAAGGCAGCUGAAACUGCAUCUCGAAUUCUGGCAGAGACAGAGAUGCCAUCGCGUCCACCAAUGCAUCCAUCUCCGCACCACUACAAGAUUCAAAAGCAGAACCCACCAGAGAGAAUCAAGUCAAACCCACCUGAGAAAUUCAUUCAGACCCGGAAACUAGAGAAGGAGAGAACUUCUUUAUCGAAGAAGGCUCUUCUGCCCAAUCUCAGUGGGAUCUUUCACAGAAAGAAGAACCAAGUCGAGGGUGGGUCUCCUUCGUAUCUUCCUGGUGAGAAGCUUGUGUGAAUUUGUGAAAUGGUUCAGGUUUGAAAGAGGGACAUGUUAAUGCAUUUUGGUUUUGUGUAUAUUUGAGACUUCAGUGGAGGGCACCUGUUUUUCAUUAUCUCUGUUUUGUUCAAAGUUGGGUAUCAAUCAAAAUUUGGAAGCAACCAGAAGAA